UAAAUAAAUAAAAAUAUUGGCGCCAUUUAUUACAAAAUGAAAUUAGAAGUUAGAACUUAUCAACAUUAAAGUUAGAAGUACUAAAGUAUUAUGAUUUUAUGAAUCAUAUUAUGCAUAUUUAUCGCUUGUUACAGUAAUUCAAUCGAACCCCUUAAGUUUUAAAGUUGACUAAAAUAAAAUUUUUGAUUUAAACAACGCAUUGGCAAAAAAGAUGCAAAUCUCUCAAGAUAAUGAAGAUUCUCCUAGUUUAGCAAUAUUUGAUAGUUGUUCUAUUCAAGAAUACAAAAAAUCGUUAGAAAGCUCAUCGAAUGCCUGCUCGACAACAUUAUUAAAAGCAUCUCUAAGAAACUCGAACGAAGAACAAGUCCUAGAUAACAUAUUCAACACAGCUAAGGAUAUUUUACAAAACAAAAACACAAGUAAUAUAUCCAAAUGGAGGAGUUCAUUGAGCAAUUUUUCUGACCCAAUCAAGUUAUUUGAAGCAUCCAUUCCAACCUGUUGCAAAUGUUCCGAAAAAGAUUUCAUUUGCAUAAACAGUUCCUUAAAAAAUGAUUGCAAAUGUAAUAGGAACUUCAGUGAUAAUUUCAACAAGGAUAUACCAGUUAUGUUGUUACAGUCAGAUUCAAGUCAAGAAGCAAAAUCUGAGGAUGAACAACUGAAAACAAAAGCAAGAUUGAAAAAGUUACAGCCGAAGAGAAUUCACACUCCAAGUUCCAGUACAUCUAAUAUAGAGGAUUGCACACAAAAAGGAAAACAAGAUGAUAAUGAUGAAUAUGACAAAAAAGCACAUAAAAGUCUUGUAGCAAAGAUAACAUUUAAAACUGCACGGGAACAGCUGCUAGGAUCAAAUCCUGCUGCUCGGAGGACCUUAGGAGCAUCAAGAAAGGCACAAGCUAAAUUUAUAUCUCCAAUGUUAGGAGCAGCACAAGAAAAGCAAGUGUCUGAGGCUAGUGAAGUCAUUGAUGAUAGACUUAAACACAUAGACCCGAAAAUGAUUGAGUUGAUUGAAAGUGAAAUUAUAGAUAAAGGAUCACCUAUUGGUUGGGAUGACAUAGCAGGUCUGCAAUUGGCCAAGUCAGUGAUCCAAGAGGCAGUUGUAUGGCCAUUGCUACGUCCUGACAUAUUCACUGGCCUACGGAGACCCCCAAAAGGCAUACUGCUAUUUGGUCCACCGGGUACUGGGAAAACAUUGAUUGGCAAGUGCGUGGCGGCACAAUGUCGCGCGACUUUCUUCAGCAUAUCCGCGUCGUCACUCACCUCCAAAUGGAUCGGAGAUGGAGAGAAGAUGGUGCGAGCACUGUUCGCCGUCGCGCGCUGCCACCAGCCUGCGGUAAUAUUUAUAGAUGAAAUAGACUCGCUGCUGACGGCGCGCAGUGAUAGUGAACACGAAGCCACUCGUAGGAUCAAAACCGAGUUCCUGGUGCAGUUCGACGGGGCUGCCACAGGUGAAGAGGACCGACUGCUGAUUGUGGGAGCGACCAACCGUCCCCAGGAACUGGACGAGGCAGCGCGCAGGAGGCUCGUCAAACGGCUCUACAUACCGCUGCCAGACACACUGGCCCGUAAACAAAUAAUAUUGAAUCUCCUGAAGACAGAAGACAAUGUAAUGAGUUGUGAUGAUGUGGAGGAAGUGGCGAGACUCACGGAGGGGUUCUCAGGCGCUGACAUGAAGUCUUUGUGUUCCGAGGCAGCCAUGGGGCCUAUAAGAUCCGUGCCCAUGUCACAAAUAAUCAAUAUUGAUAGAAAUAAGGUUCGAGCCGUCAAUGUGGAUGACUUUCGAUCAGCUUUACAGCGUGUCCGGCCAAGCGUAUCUCAAGAUGAUUUAGGACAGUAUGUUAAGUGGGACAAAACCUAUGGCCAAGGAUUUUAAAUGUACAAUUGUUUAAUAAAUGUAUGAAAUACUGAAA